AUGGAUUCUCAUCACAAUCAGGUAACUGGCCCUAUACGAACAGAAAAUGGCAAUGAAACGAAAGACCCUAACCACCCUGCUCCGCUGAGAGUUCCUCCCCCACAUUUACUCAAUCCAUUACUAGAUUCAAUAUUCAAUAAUCAAACUCCAUACAAGUCUCCAAUUAAAGGCAUAAUAGACACACUAUCCAAAAGUCACAAUGACUACACGAUCCUAGUGCCGACUACCCAAGUACUUCAGUCUUGCUAUGAACCAGCUGCAGAGUCAAGUUCCACCAAGACUAGACUAAGAGAAUUGUGUUACCACAACGAAGAUUUUAUUAAAUCUCACAUAAUACGAACAAGUCAGCCAAUUUCAUCGAAAAUGUCCAAUCCUUCUUCCAAAAUACUGCUGAUCAUAUACAAUACAAUAAAUGGCAAGCAAAUACUUGCCAAAAAUGGCGUAUUGUUUCCUGGGAAGGGUUUUGGUAAGUCUUUGACGAUAAAGAUCCUCAAGAUCGACUACUUUUAUUCUGUAGCCAAUUACUUUCCCCAGGGUUCUAAGUUUAUGAUCAUUUAUAUUGAAGACUCAAUUAUGGGCAGUUACUUACCCACGCCAAAUGCCAGUGGUGGGUUUCUAGAAGUUGCACCUUUUACUAAGAUUAUAUUUCCGAACUCUGAUUUGCCUCCAUCAAGCAAAAAUGAAUUCAAGUCGAAAACCCUGAUAAUGACACUGAGAUCUACCCUGAAGACCAAUAUUGACUCAAUUACAUUUGAAAAGCUCCUCCGCUCCUUCCCAUUAUUGUCGAAAAGUGUUUCUGAUAAAUUCUAUAGGCUUUUCCAUCACAAUAACUACGAAUUCCAGAUAUUGAGACCGAACCGAGUCAAAGAUCUAGAGAGCAUAGACCAAGAGUUCCAUGAAAUUUUGGAAAAAGCAUUUCAAAUUGUACAAAGUAGUGUUGAUGUUGCAGAGUCUCCAAACGGAGAAGCCACAUUUGAGCUCAUGAAUAGUAUCUUAAAGUCGUACCCUGGGCUUGAUCUCAAUAAAUUAAUCCAUGAGUAUGUAGAGUUGAAUUUAUAUGAUAAGGUUUGGUCGCAACUCUUAUACCAAUUCAGCAAUUCUACGCAGUCUUUGGAUAGAUUAUCAUAUCUUUCUUUGAAUCAGCUAGAUAUAUCUAUUGCGAAGCCCUGGCAAUUGAAUGAAUUGAGUAAGAGAAUAUACUUGUCAAUUGAAGAGUUUCGAAAAUUAAAUGAUUCUUCCAUUGUUAAUCUGCAAAGUAAAACAAAGAUAUUGGUGAAAACUAUAGAACUUUUGACUACAUCUACUAUUAAAAAUUCUUCUGACAACUUGUUGAUUGAUGCUGACACUUUAAUUGGGUUAUUUAUGAUGGUAAUAAUUUAUUCGAACGUCGAAUACCUUGAAGCACACCUUUACUACAUUAAAAACUUCAAUUCGACAUCUAUAUCUAAUGACGGCUAUUUGAAUUAUAUUCUAAGUAAUUUUGAUGCCGUUCUACUACAUUUCUCUUCUGAAAAGGAUGAGAAGCACUUGAGGCAACUGUCUCAGGAAAAUCAUGAAUUUUUGAAUUACAUUGAAAAUGGAGAAGUAGACAAAAUAAGAGAAAUAUUCGACAAGAUCUCCGAAGAUGAGUUACAUUCGAAUCAUUUUUUGAGAAGUAAAAAUAUUGUUGGGGAAAGUUUUUUAAUGAGGGCAAUCAAAUGUAGAAAUUUCGAGGUUUAUAAGUUGUUGAUGGAAUAUAAUCCUAACUGGUUCUCAAUUGAUGACAUAUUAUUUGAUAAGAAUACGCAAAAUGAUCAAACCUUAUUAAUGUGUUCCAUAAUAGAAGAAUGUGAAGAAAUCACUAACCAUUUAAUAGAAGUCAUCCAAGAAAAUUGCACCAUAAGUGAGCAAAUUGCAUAUUUUAAUUGCCAAGAUUCUAUAAAGAGAACAGUGGGCCAUUACCUCCAUCAUAAUAUUGAACUAAUUGAUUUAUUGGGACCAUUUCUUGAUUGGGAAUUGAAAGAUUUGCAAUCGCAAACCCCAUUGUUCUGUCUUUGCAGGUGUUAUGAUCACCCAAAAUAUGAGGAAUUGAUUAUUAAGUCAUUUAAUCAAGUUCAUGUAACCUCGCUGUCUUUCAAUUCAGAUGUGCAUAACGAUAAAAAUGGUAAUACUUUACUACAUGUCAUACAAAGGAAUCUAUCCGAUUCAAAAUUAUUGUCUGCGCCUGCUAUUAAUAUCAAUGAAUUUAACAAUAAGGCCAAUACUCCACUUGUACUGUAUGUCAAAUUCAAUAGAAUUGAUAAUCUUCGAGAGAUUUUGGAAGAUGACCGGUUGGACUUUAAGAAGGAAGAUCAAAAUCAAUAUCUCAACGCAUUGGAUCAUGCCAUUAGUAAUUUUAGUUCUAGUAAUACUAAUAAUAACGAGGAAAGUAUAGAGGUUGAAAAUAUGUUGACUGAGUACCAUUUCAAGAAUUCGAUUGAACCUUACGUUGAGCAUAAAAUUUUGGCCUUCAAUGCCAAAUUUGAUCAAAAUAAGAAGGACUGGGUUGUUAACUUCAAAAUCGAAGAAAAUGAGAAAUUUGAGGGUAAGGAUUUUGAAACUGAUCCUGGCGUUAGAUGGAGAUCAUCAGUGGAGUCAGUUGAAGAAAUAUCACAAAACAUUUAUUUGAUGAAACUCCAAUUUCCAACUUCCAUGCUACCACUGAAAGAUUUGUUUUUCCAAAAUUUUCCUCCCUUAAGCACUACAGCUGUAUAUCCUUCAUUUAACAAAUUCAAAAUUAACCGAUUCAUUGAGGAUAUUAAUAUCUUUCUACUUUCAUUAAAUUAUCAUCCAAAAUACCGUGAAUCAUCAAGCAUCUGGGAAAGAUAUCAAAAUCCUGCCUUUGCACGUAAGAAACUGACCUUGGAAUUAAUCAAAGAGAUUAAGCACAGUACAGAAAUCAAUAGGGCCCAACUUGGAGACGUUAAACUAGACACUUCCAAAAUACAAGAAAUUGAAUUUUUUUUGAAUUUUUCAAUGAAUGACUUGUUAACAUUCAAGUCCGUUUCAUUGAAAUUUAACAAAGUGUUGAGUUUAUUGGAUUGGAAGGUAAACGAUUUAAGAUUUGUGUUAGAUGGAUUCCUCGAGAAUUGGAUUUUGGGUGUGGGUGCAAAUUCCAGUCACAGGAAACUACUGCACCAUGUAUACAGUAGCAAUAAUAAUCGGAACCCACUAUCUUCACAAUUGCAUGAACCUACAGGAUAUGGAGAUCUUCUACGUUACACCACUCUUUUGUUGCUUUACGUUACAGAGCUAACACAGAAUGUAACCAAAACGCUAGAUCGUAUUGACAAUUGGAAACUGUUACAUUCUAGUAUAAUUGAAAUUAAUGGUGAAAUCAGAAAAUACGAGAAUACGCAGGUGACCAAUACUAUUGCAACAAACGAAGGUGUAAGCAACGAAGAAUACCAUCAACUACACCAACAAAACUCUGAUACAUUAUCAUCGUUUUUCAAUUUUUCAAGUAUAAUUGAAAGUAAGCAAACCAAAUAUAAGAAGCUAUUAUAUUCAAAGGCAGAGAUGAUUAAAAAGAUAUUGGCCUUGAACAUAGACUUGAAGCUAGAGCACGAGGCUUUGGCUGCGGAAAUUAGUUCGUUCUUGAAAUUUAAAGCGGAAUAUUUAAUUUUCAGUUUCAAAUUCUUCGCAAGGACAAGUGCAAAGCUAACCAAAGAGAGAAAGAGAGAAUUAGAAUGGUACAAGAAAAAUAUAUCAAACUAA